AUGAGUCCCGUUGGUGACGCCCUGUUGGGAAAUGAUGUCGACUUUCACCCUCCCUUUCCGUCCGACAAAGCCGACUACUUGCAAGCUACAGUAUUGCAGGGUCUAAGCUCUGCGAGUGCUAGGGUUAUUCUGUAUUCUGUAGAGAGUCCAUCAGCAACGGUCACAGUCAGUCCUGCUGUGAUGAACCCGCAAAAGUUGCCAGCAGGUUCGAGAUACUCAACGUUCAAACUUGCGGUGUACGAUCCCUCGAUCCGAGAGACGUUCAAUUAUAGCAAUCCAGCAAGAAUAGCGUCGUUGCUAAGUAAGAGCGCGGUCUCUACUUUCCGCAACAAUUCGAAUAUGAGCCACUCAGCAUUAUCAGAUUAUGAGGACCAUGACGAAGAGGAAGACGAGUGCCGCGUGUGCCGCGGUCCAGAGGAAGAAGGACGACCCUUAUUUAAACCUUGCAAAUGCUCCGGGAGUAUCGGUCUGACGCAUCAGGAUUGCUUGCAAUCCUGGCUUGAGGUGCAGCGAGGCGACGGCCGGUGCGAGCUAUGUCACACUGAAUUUCGCUUUGCUCCUCAAUACGACAAUGAUGCCCCCGAGCGAUUGCCCGCUUCUCAAGUUGUCUUGAGCUUGAUGCGACAGUUUUUCUCUCGCUGGCUUCCAGUCUUGAUACGUUGCGUAUUUGCCGCCAGUCUCUGGCUACUCGUAGCCCCCCUUCUUACGGCGUAUGUCUACCACGCAUGGAUGCAUCAACCGUCGGUGGUCUGGGACCGCUGCUCCGACUGGAGUCUCAUUCCUGGUGAUAUGGUAUCGGGGGCCGUCCUUGUGGGGGUCAUCAUUGUCAGCUUUUUAUCAAUAAUGAGUUUUAUUGACUUUUUGCGAGUGGAAUGGCACCCUGACGGUCGGCCCAGGCCGCGCUGGGGGGAAGAAGGACCGGAACCAGCCGUGGGGGAAGCCCCCGCUCCCGAUGAAAACGCCAUUGACAAUGCCGUUUGGGAUGCCUUCCAGCGACAGGUUGUGGAGCGACAUCGACGGCAACGAGGAAGAGCGGUACCUCAACGAGUCGAACAUGAACUUCUGCAAGCACAUGCGCCAGGACAGCCACGAACAGAGGAACGGUUCUCGAAUGAAAACGUGGAACUUGACGCAUCUGGAAGCGACUCGGAAUCGAGUUGGCAAGACGACGAUGACCGUGACGAUGAUGACGAUACGGUUUCGGAUGACGAGUGGAUCGAAAACGUUGAAGAAGACGACGAUAGCGUAAAUGAUGACAACGAUCGAGAUGAGCCACAGUUGCAUCCACCUGCUGUCCCCAUUGUCGACGAUCGAGACGACGGUGACGAAAAUCCUCAGGCAUUUGGUCGUAACAAUUUUGACAUGGACCCGGAUGACGGGAUGGAUAUGGAUAUCAACAUCGCACUCGAUGAGUUGUUGGGUGCACGGGGACCAAUAACUUCGGUGGUUCGCAAUCUUUUGUGGCUGCUGGCCUUUAACACUGUGUACUUGGGCUUUUUUGGAUUUACACCAAAAGUGCUGGGGACCAUAACGUCAACGAUCUUUAGAAAUACUACAGUAUGGUCACCCAUGGUUUUCACUAUUGUCACCAACGCUACGGUGCCCGAUGACACUCAAAUCGCAAAUGAAUCUCUGUCGAUUUGGACAGCGUACAGGGCCAUUGAGUCUGAGAGCGCAAGUGCCAAUACAACAUUUCGAUUGCACGAUCUUUUUUUGGUACUCUUGGGCUAUGCUUCGUGCGCUGGUAUGGUUGUUCUCAUUCGCUUUCUGUGGUUAGCGUCUCAAAAGAUUCGAGCUCUUCGGAGCGGGCGUGCUGACAACCCAGUACCCUUGCGUGAACUCCAAGAAGGGUUUGAGGAGAUGAAUCGAAUCAUGCGCAUGGGUCCUGAACAAAUGAACAUGGUAGAUGACAAUGUUGCCAUUCACGUUUUCCUUACCACGACUCUCGAUGCGACUUUGGCAAUUACGAAGGUCGGCGUACUUUUGUUCAUGAAGAUGUUUUUGCUACCUAUUUGGUUGGGUCUAUGCUUGGAUGUUUCUUCGCUCCCAAUCUUAGGAAGCUCGUUCGAGGAAAGAAUCGCUUACGCUGGGAAAGACUUAUUCUCUUUUCUCUUGCUUCAUUGGGUCGUGGGCAUAACCUUCAUGCUUCUAGUGACGGUAUCUGUCCUUCAGCUUAGGGAAGUAGUACAUCCUGAACUACUAGCGCAGACGAUUCGGCCACAAGAGCCCCAACCAGAUCUUCUUGGUAACUUAAUGAAUGAAAGCAUCAUUACGCAUAUGAAACGAAUGGUGCUUUCCCUUGUCAUCUACGUGGUGCUACUUGCUAUGUACAUAUAUCUCCCAAUUCAGGCAAUCAUGGCAAGUGGCGUUAGCGCAGACCUAUCAAUGGCACAACUCAAGUUCUGGUACCCUAUAAUGCCAGAGCUUCAGGUUCCUCUGGAGCUACUUACAUUCCAUCUUUGCAUGCUGGCACUUCUCGAAAAGCACAAGAACUCAAUCGGUGAAAUUCAGCAUUACUGGCUCAAAUUUAUAUCGAGGCUUGUGGGGUUGACAGACUCCCUGAUUCCCAUGCGCGUAGAUUGCUUUGAGUAUGUUGGAGUGCUUCCAAUAUUCGAGCAUGAAGCUGUCUCGCCUUUUUGGUCCAAGCUGGCAAAAAACGAGAAUGAGAGAGAGAAACUUCUGGAUGAAAGCGUAGCAACUUUUCUGAAGAGCGACAUUCCACGAGUCAAUAUAGGUCAGUCCAAAGCUAAUGGACAACGUGUUCUGGCAUCUAAAGACUAUGUUCGGCUUCCGGAUGUUCUUCCUGGUAGAUUGCUGCGCAGUCGUUCCGUUCUCAUGCCGACAACGAUUGGAAAGUAUCGUCUUCAACGAAUUCUCUCGCUCGACGGUACUCCCUUGAUUGAAAUCUGGAAAGAAGAACGAGGCACGCCCAUUGCACGUCCACCAGAAGGGUGGGAUGAUCUUGGCGCAGGAGGAGCUGAUGUUCAAGGACGCUGGGCCUGGGGACGGGAGAAGAAAUCCGUCGUUGAAGAAGCUAUUGCGCAUCGAGUGGAUUUUUUCGGUCGACAUAAAGCAUCAGUAUCCUAUUGGGCCGUAUGGGUUAAACUCAUUUUCAUGUUCUUCUCAGCGUGGCUGUCGACCACUUGUUUCAUUUGCAUUUCGCUUAUAUGCCCGUUGGCUUUUGGCCGAACUCUGUAUCAUAUACUCCAAGUACCUCAAGCCUACGUUCAUGACCCUUUGGCUUUCGUUGUCGGCUGUCUUAUCUUUUUCCCUGUGGCACGAUGUAUUGGACGAUGGAGUCUCUCUGGAGAGAACUCUCUGAUGCAGAGGCUCUUCUCAUGGCUGCGGUCUUAUAGACGCCCGCCCUCUGCCAAAGCAAGACUUUUGCUUGUCACAGCUAUUACAUGUUUCGGUCUUGCACCUGUCCUACUUGGCUUUAUCUAUCAUGCUCUCCUUGUGAAAUUGCCUCCUUUCUUUGCUGGAACACAGGAGUGGAUCGCACUCUCGCUUUUCUCAUCGUAUUGGGCAACCGGAUUUGUUUUGUUAUUUGCGUGGGCGCGGCUCUGUAUUGCUGAAGCAUUUACCAAAAAGUUUUGGAAAGGUCUAAUGGGAGCUGCUGGCGAUGUCGACGAUAACGAAGGCAAUGUCCAGAAUAGUUUACGGUGGGCUUGGCAAGGAAAGGAAGGGCGCGUAUCUCGGUUUACCAAGUGUUGGAGAAAGGUUGUCUUAACCUGGGAAUUUGACCAGGUGGAUCUGAAUACGCUAGUCGACGACGUUGCCACUCCUGUUAUCACUGCUCUAGCAAGAGUUGUAGUUCCAUACUGCAUUUUUAUGAUGCUAAUUGUCAGAACUUUUGGACUAGACCAGGUCACUGUUGCUACCUUUGGCCGAAUAGCAUUGGGGCUUCUGUGCGCCGAGGGAGUUUCACGAACUUGGAGGAUACAGUUUUCGAAUUGGCUUGAAGCCGCCCACCAAAUGGCACGAGACGACCGCUACUUGAUUGGCGAGAUGCUGAUGAAUUACGAUGGAUGA